AUGGAGGCGGACGACACCGCAGUGUACGAUGCGACUGAUGCGCCAACACAAGCGGCUGAUGUAUCUGUACGCCCUAGGGAAUUUAAGGCGUGGCCGGAGGACUUCGACAUCGAGGUGUAUCGUACUCUGAAGCGUGGAAAAGAACGCAAGGCUUAUUUAAUGAGCUUUGGCACGAAGCACGGCCUCCAGCUACCACAGACCACCACAACACCAAGCACCCACCAACCGCGACAAUCGCCAAAGAAGAACCCUGGCAGAAAGAAAACGAAAGUGGAGAAGAAGCUAGUGCCGCAGAAUUUUGCCUGGCCCAAGGGUAUGAACCAAAGGGAGUUUUUAGCCCAGAAGCCGGGCAAAGAGCGCAUGUCCUACCUGGCCAGGUACAUCAGAAAAAAUGGCGUUGAGCUGAAAGAAACCCCAGCCCGACCACGUGUGCCUAUCGGUCGUCAACCGGAGCAACGGGCUCAUCCUCGCUGCGGAUGCUUCAGCUCCGAGGCGUGCGCGUCUUGCAGUAGAUGCAUGGAGCGUCACUGUGUUUGCGGGUUGACUGGACGUCGCCAUCGUGCGUUAUGUCUGGAGUCUCGAGCUUGUAAUUGCAAUUUGGCAGACCUUGCAGCACGCUGCAAGCUCUGUCAUGGAUGUCGGCAGCCACAUGGUUUCAGUCAUUGUCGCUGUGUCCUGCACCAGCGGCUUUUGUGGAUCAAGAGACACCCGGAACUUGGAAUGGAGCUAACGGAAGAAGAGGAGGAGAAAGUGUGCAAGUGUUUCAUGCUCGCGCAUCGGCAUGGAGGAGCUGCUGCUACGAAGGCAAAGGAGGCGAAAGCAUUGAAAGAAACCGAGCGCGUGCGACGGAUAAAAAGAGCUGCAGGGUAUCCAUCGAGUGACAACAUUUAUCGCAGCAACAAAGUCGCUACUUUUCUUGGUGAUGAAGGACUGGAAAGCGACUUGGACGAUGGCGUGGAAGAUGGACCAGGCUCAGCAGUGCUUCCACCCAGCACUGAUAGCGUCAUCCCACGGACGAUGACCAGGAGGAUGCUUGAUCCUGAAUACAAUCCGGCGUCAUACCAUCCUGUGUUUCGGUCGGAAGGGUGCUCGCUGCUUGAAACUACUGAACCUAGAGGUGGGCGGAUCACCCGGAGGGAGAAUGCUGCGUUUAUAAGUGAUGCUAUGCGAGAUGAAAUUUGCCGUGGGCUGGAUAAUUAUGCGUUCGAACUAGAUCGAAACGCUGCGAUGCCAUCAGACGAUCUGGUGGAGUUUUUGGUGUAUAUGGCAAGCAUCAAAUCAGCAAACGUUGGGGAACUUAUCGGAACAUUUGAAGAUUCAGCUGCUGUUGCGGCCAGCAUCGUCAUAGAGGAGUAUAUGGGGCAGCUUAUCGAAGAUACUGCUGUUCAGCAACGAGCAUUAUGCCCCCCAACGAAAGCAAGCGUACAAGCACUCACUCGAGAACUGCUAGUGGGCUUCAACUGGCAGCUCUUUGAGCAGCAACAACCUUUUUCUCCGACUGAUCCCACGGACAGAUUUUCCUCGUUGAAAGAAAAAGAAGCAACGAUGAAAGACACCGUAGCAACGUUGGUUCUGCGAGAGUUCGUGUCAACGCAGCCAAAAAGCUUCGACGUGUAUACCGAUGGCGGAGAUGUGUCCAACUGGAUUCGAAAUGCCGUUGUUAUCCCCUCCGUCGUGUUGACCGACCCUAGUGGGUCUCGAUCAAGUUCCGGCAUGGUUGAUAUUACUGAAGACCACUCAAGUGGAACAUCAAGAAGUCCAAACGAAGUGCAUCAGCGUGAUACAGCAGAAACAACGUCCACGAUCCCGCAGAUUCGACUUUCAGUCAAGGCGAAUCGCAUGCAUGGGAAUCCUGAGUACAAAUUGCAAUUUGCAGCAACGCUUGAGGACGGACAUCACAUUGAAACCUCGGCUGGUGGAUUAGACAGCAAGAUUAAAGCGAAGACGAUGAUUUCUCGACUUUCAAUGGCCUUAGAACGCCAGGAGCGUCGCAGUAAGGGAACAUUAGAGGGCCCAGCGGAAGAACCUGGCCCCCCACCAACUCCCCGGCCUUUACCACCGCAGGACCCCAAUGACCCCUACGUCAGUAUGUUUGAGCACGUGUGGGAGCAUUUUAACGACUGUACUCGGCAGAAGUGGGAGGUAUCCAUGGACAAAUAUUUGAGGACUAAGGUGCCAGGGUGGAAGGGGAAGGCUUCUGAGCAAGUAGCUGCAAUGAAGCGUGCGAGCACUGAAUCACCGCCGAGGAAGCAAAAGAAGCAGAAAGCUUUUACUCAGUAG